UUUAGCAUUACAUUAAAAAUUAAACCAUUUUACAAUUUAUACACGUUCACGUUACGGCGCUCAAAACUCAGCCUCUGAUUGAAAACACACCAACAUACAAAAUAAAUCAAGAAAAAAUCAUCUGGAAUCUUCUAGCGAUUGGACUUGAAUGGAGAAUUUGAGCCCCGAAAAAGUAGACCAAGCACGUGACUAUCUGUCACUGUUCGAUAAAGAUGGUGAUUCAACUGUCUCAGUAUCCGACAUUCCGUCAAUUCUACGUGCACUUGGCGAGCAGUUCACAGAAGCCGAAAUGUCAGAUUUAAUUGGCCAAAUCAAAACAGAGAACGGCUAUGUCUCCUUCGACGAAUUCCUCACUUUCUACAACAACUGCACUCGGCCAGUCGACCCCUACAGAGACGUACAACUGGCAUUCAGCGAACUAGACAGACACCAAACUGGAAAAAUAAGUGCCAAAGUACUGCGACAUUUCCUGGUUAAUCUGGGAGAGAAACUUACAGAUGAGGAGGUCGAUACAAUAUUCGCAAACAUUGAGAUUAGCGAGGACGGAGAAAUUGAGUACAGGCAGAUCAUUAAUCUAUUCACUGAAUUCUAAUCAGCAGACAAAAAACCCACAGCCCAGAACUUUUAAAAAUCAACUGUUUUGAUUAGCAAUUUUAAAGAAUCUCGCAUAUCUAGUUUGCUCAAUUUAAAACAAAAUAAAAUUUC